GAUUCCACUGAUACAUCUGUAUGAAAAUUUAAAAUGAGUGCAGGUGAAGUUGGUAGCAAGAAAAAUGCUACUGGGAUUGUUGAUCCGAUUACUUCAGUUUCAGCUGAAAUGGAUUACACGCUGCUGGCAUCAGAUAUGCAUAAGGUUCUGAACAUUCCGAAAUCUAAUAUGUUGGAAGGUGAGCCUGGAGGAUCUUCAUGUAAUAACAACUUAUCUGAUGCCAAGAAGUCAAAGUCAAGAAAUGGUACUUGUCUGGAAGAUGUACAUUCAAACAAAUGUCCAUUGUGCCCUUUAAGCUUCAAUGCGAAGGAGUUGUUAGCCAGACAUGCUUUGCGAGUCCAUCAAAAAGCUGUCGUUAGUUUACUGCAGGAUGUUAGCACUGAGCAACAUCUGAAGUGUCGCUUUUGCGUUCAUAAAGUAAUGCACAGGCACCAGAAAUUACUUCUGCUUCACCUUGAGAAGAAACAUGCUGUUGAGUUUGUAGCAUUUUUAAAGCAAUCUUGGAUCCCUUCGUCCAUCAGUCACUUGCAGGAGGGCAUGAAAAGCUUGUCUUUGUUUGGGAGUGAUGUUAACUCUAAAGCGAAUGAAAGUCCCUCUACAGCCAUGAAUGAGCCUGAAAAUGAUGCUGUGUUUCACAUCCCUUCCAACAAACCUAUCAAUUUUUUAGGCAACCAACUGUCUAAUAUAGAAAUAUCUGUUGUUAUUAAUUCAAGAAUCCCUUGUGCGCAACCUUCAAAUUAUUCAUUUGCUAAGCGUAAAUUAAUUCUUGAUGGAUCUUGUAACUCCCAACCAAGUAGAGCAUUUUUGAUGAAGGAAAAUGUACCACCUGAGGAACCUCUCCAUGCAACUUUGGCUGGUUCUGCAUGGAAACAUGCUGAAGGGAAGCAUUUUGCUUGUGGUAGGUGUAAAGAGGCCUUUUCAUGCAAUGCCUUAUUACUAGAUCAUGUCAGUGUACGGCAUCGUGGGCCUUUGCGACUUUUGCAACCCCUCUACACUUGUGGCUUAUGUUCAGCAUCAUUCUAUAAAAACAGUUUCUUAGUAAGGCACUGUUAUCAACAUCAUACCCCAAAAUAAUUUUUAUACCUCAGUCAAGAAGCUAAGUAGACUUGGAAAAUUGUAAUUGUCAAAUCAGCGUGCCUUAAUGUACAAAUCAACCAGUGGCCGCGGCAUCAUGUGUUUUUUUUCCCCCCUUUGAUUUGAAAGGGAACCAAUAGAUAAAUAAACUUUUCUUUAAGACAAAA